AUGGGAAAAUCAGAAAACUGCUAAUAAUACAACGGCGACACUAUAAAUUCUUUCCAUAGUGAAAGCUGGCACUCAAGAAAGGAGUUACCUAAAACAAUAUCGAAGCAUAUAUUAAUUAAAUGGAAGAAACAUAACUUCUAAUAAUUGCUGUUUAAAACGAAAUAAGAAAAAAAAUGAGUCGAUGUUUGUCGCAUAAAGUCUUAGUAUUCAAUGAUCACUGUUUUCCAAGGAUUAAUUAUUUUAGAACAAGAUUAAUGCGCUUUUAUCCGAGAAUGAAGAACGUAUUGAACUUCGAAUUUAACACCCUGGGUCGGGGCGUAAAGCGUAUGAGAAGUGAUGACGACGACACGAGAUGGAUUGGUGAUCAGAUAGAAAGGGAGAUCGAACUUGGGUGUAUGGCCAUAAAUACUACGCUUCUAAAUGAAAUUACAGAGUCAGAGAUUGCAAUAAAACCUGAAUACAUUGCUAAAGGAAAGCUGCCUCAGAGUGAUAGUGUAGUUUCAUCAGAGUUUUUACAGAACAAUGUUAUCAUCAUAAUGACAACAGUAAAGGAUCUUGCAGAGACUGCCAGACUCAUUGCAAAUGCUGACUGGUUAAAACAUGCCAUUUUGGCUAUCUUUGUUGACAAAAAUGUAACAAGACAAGAAUACAGCACUUUCUUGGACGCAGGUAAAAUGAAAACCGAACGAGUAGUCAUUAUUAAAUCAUCUGCUUCAAAAACUUCUACGUCACCUGUAUCCGGAGAAAAUGCAUCUGAAGCUAUGUCGUCGACAGAAAUUCAAUCUUUCACGUCAAAAGAUUUGCUUUUGAAGCAAAACAACAAGAAACAACAGACAACAGAACCGUCAACUUCUGAAUCACUAUUAAAUUGGAGUGACUCUCCACAGAGUAGGAAGUCACCAACAUACUCUCGAUCUAGUUCCCCUAGUUUGCCAUCACAACGACAUAAUUUAAGGCCACGACAAACUCAGUCUCCAUGUAGUACUCCCGGGUCUCUAUCACCUUCACGAAAACAUACACAAUCUCUUAGACUUACAACGAGGGCAACUUCUACACUGUCAUCAAAGCAGACAUCAUCACCAGAGUCCCCCGUGAGAAUGUUAUAUUCUCCAACAUCUUCUCCUUCUUCUUCAUUGCCUUCAUCACCCGUUAAAACUCGUCCGCCAUCUGCAAUAUGUUCUGGAUCUGAGAUCAAGAGGUCUAAAUUAGAUAUCAAUGAGCGUGAAGUUUCACCAUUCGCCGAUCAAAAGAAAGACCGUGAGGAGCCUAUGGAUUUACAAGAAUCAGAACAAAAUCAACAGUUUAUCCGGAAAACAGAGAAUGUAACAGAAAAAAGACAGAAUCCAACUGAAAUGCUGCCAUCUCAAAGCACUUAUGGAAAUACAGAAAGCUGGGACAUGGAGGAGUUGAGAAAAGCAGUUUCGUUUCAGAUGGAAAUCCAAAUUGUGUCUAUUAUUGAACGUAUAACGAGUUUGCUGAAAUCUGUAAGGUCGAGACGAGACUCAAAUGCAAAGGUAGCAGCCGUUACUACCCUCGAUAAGCUGAUAUACGAAAUAGAAGGGCUGUUGUGUCAAAGUGUUACAGAGAGUGGAAUAAAAAUGAAAGAAGAGAUAGAAAAAAAUCGAAUCUCUCCAAAUGUAACGACAGAUCUUCUAAGUGUGAAAGGUGUGUACGGAUGUGGAACAAUGUAUGACAGAUUGAACGUUCAUAUUGAAGCCAGUGAUGGUAAGGAAAAAGAAGCAAUACAGGAAGAAGUCAGGAAAGUCACGGACAGAUAUAAUUACAAAGACACGGACUAUGAUGUGCGGGUUGUUAAGUCAAGGCCUACAAUGUAUGGCAGACUAGUUAUUUGCUCCGUUUAAUGGGAUUCAGCCAAUAAAAAUAUGAGAGGCGUCUGUCUUAAACAAACAGCUGGUGUUUCGCUGGCAACAAAGCUGUGACUUUACGUAUAUUUAUUAAUUACAGCAACUUAUAACAUUCGGAUUUGGAAUUAAAAUCAAAAUCUACAAAAUCGUUUGAAAAGAUGUUUUUCUAUCAUUGUUGUGCUAUGUUUAAUAUAAAGGAUGUAUGAAUAUUUUCAUUUCUUAUUAAAUUAUAAAUGUCUUUUUAGAUUUGUACCAUUGUUUAUUUGAUCGAGUUGAGGCUACACUCUCUUCCUUGGUAUAGAAGUAUGUGAAAUAUUGUUGUGUUUUUAUUGAAACGCAAGAUUCAAGUUUCGCUUUUAUAAUUUUUGACUGAGACAUAUAAUGUCAAUUUAUUACAAAAAUGUAAUUGUAAUUUACUAAAUGUUUGUGAAUAUGUUCAUUUGAUCAAGUUGCAGCCAAAAUGCCCUCACUGGAUAUGUGUAUCGUGUUGUGUUGUGUAAUUAUUGCAAAUAAAUUUAUGGCACAAACGAAAAAGAAAAUAAUUUGCUUGAUGGUCUGGACGAAAGAGUCAUUAAUGUUUAUCUAAAAAUGAAUAUACGUACGAAAUAUCUUUUACGCCAGAUAUUAUGUCGUCGUUUAAAAAUAGUAACUUUUCGGGAAAACCGGUCUCACUUUGGAUUAUAUUUAUAGAACAACGAUUUUUUAGGCUUUUAGUUCAUACAUACACUUUACGAUUCAGUGAAUACUUGUAAUGCAGAAGGAACCCAAUGAUUUGUCAGAUAAACAAUCAGAAUUGUAAAUAAAUCGGUCAUGUUUAAGUCCGGUUUUUGAGAAAAUUGUCUUCAUUUUAUGAACCCGAACACUGUUUUUUGAUCGAAGGACCGAAUAGGAAGGCUCCCACGUUGUUGAGUCUUUUAACAAAGGUUACAUUAUGACUAUAGAUUUCAUGCUGUCGGCAGAAUUUGAGGUUUUCUGCGAAACUGAAAACACAAACGCAUAAAAACCAAUUUGACGUUUUCUCAUUGUUACAAUGCAAGAAAAUUAUUUUUUGUCGGAAAUUGAAAGUCUUAAACGCGAAAAGGCAAUACAACUGUUUCAAAUCUCACUCAGUGCGAUUUACUUUUCAAGUUUUGUAUCAUUUGGAUUGAUAAGUUAUACUGUUAAAAAAGGAUAACUCUAUACACACGCGUAAUAAAAAUGAUAAAUUGUAGAAUUUUACUACCGCCAACCCUUUUCUUGGAAAAUAUCUAGACCUUUGAAAUCAUGCAGUCCUUUCAAUGUACUUGCAUAACAGAGUUCUGCAUUAGCUAGUAUUAAGGUGUGUGGGGUUCUGCUUUCAAUCAGACUAAAUCAAAAUGAGUAUGCUAUGUGUUCUCUGCUUCGUAAGCAUCUUCAUGAGAAUAUCGCAAAACCAUACCUUCCAUCCUCCGUAUAUAUUACAUUAGCCUGGGAAUCCAGUCUGACAAUUUCUAACUUUUUUUCUACCUGCAAAUUGACAAUGAUAAUAUCAGAAACUCGAUGAAUGCCAAUUAACACUAAUUAGCGCAAAUUAAGUCGGAUCAAUGCAUAGAUAUUAUGUAUUAUUUCUUCUGACAAAGCACAAAUAUUAUCAACGGCUUCCCAGGCUAAUAUUACAUAUGCUAAGUGAAAAUUGUUGACAGUACGUAUACCAGUUUGUAAGAUUUUAGAUUAUAUCACUUAUUUGAAUAAGUGUUUAAACAAAUUUAUUCUAAAAAUGUAUAUAUGUGAAUUAACUUGUUUUUUGUUGAGUCACAUAAAUAUUCUUUAUAUUGUUGUUAUUGUAAUGUUAUAAAUAAACAUACGUUUGCUCACUACAAUUUUUACGUAUACAUUUGUAUAUAAUGCCGUAUACUUUCGGUUUUAAUAGAAUCAUAUUGGUGUGAAAUAGUAAUAUGCAGGUUUCACUAUCACAAAUACUGAAAAUAUAAUAAACAUAUCGCACUUGUAA